AAAGCAGCAGAGGUCCCAUAGGUGAAGACUGACCACCUCCAGAGAACGCAGACAAAGGCAAACCCGAGCAGCCGCCAACAUGAGUCGCAGCCCUGAGAGGAUUUCGUCCUACCGACGCCACUUUGAGGACAGCAGCAGCUCAUCCUCCUACCAGGUUAGGGUGUCCAGCCCAUCCCCGACCCGGAGGGUUAACCGCCACCAGUCAGCCAGCUACUCACGCAGUGCCGGAGCCAGCGGUAUGCAGGCCCAGACCAUGGGCAGAAGGACCGUCUCCACCUCACGCAACGCCCGUAUGGCUGGCGGGAAUGUGGGAACCAUGGCGUGUGUGGGCUAUGGCAACGGGGCCCCGGUGGACCUGGACGCAUCUGCUGCGGAGAACAAAGUAUUCCUCAGCACGCGCAGUGGUGAGCGGCAGGAGAUGGUCGUACUGAACGACAGACUUGCUGUUUACAUUGAGAAGGUUCGGUCCCUGGAGCAGCAGAACAAGCUGUUGGAGAUGGAGAUUGACGGCAUCCAGAACCGGUUCGUGAAGCCGUCGGGCCUGCGCAAACUCUAUGAGGAUCAGCUGAGAGAUCUGAAGAGGAUUGCAGAUCAGAUGAGAAUGACCAAGCUUAGCUGGCAAAGAAGCCUGGCAGGUCAACUGGAGUAA